AUGGAGAAGUCCGCAAGACCGCGGACUGCUCUAAACGAGUGCGUGAAGGUGGUGGUGCGAUGCCGGCCGCUUUCACAAAAGGAGAAGAACGAGGGUUACGAGGAGGUGAAGAAGAAGCGGCCCGAGCAGAAGUGGUACGAGCGCCUCUCCACGCGUACGAAGGACGACAAAAAAUUCAUAGACGCUCCAUUACAGGUGGUGAAGGUGUGGCCGGAGCGCGGCGCGGUGCAGGUCUACAACCCCAAGGGCGAGGACAAGCUAUUCACAUAUGACGCUGCGUACGAUUGCACUGCAGACACGCAGACCAUCUACGAUGAGAUGGUCCGUCCACUUGUCGCAUCGGUGCUGGAUGGCUUUAAUGGAUGCGUGUUCGCGUACGGGCAGACGGGCACGGGCAAGACCCACACGAUGGAGGGCACCCCGGACGAUGAGGGCAUCAUUCCACGCGCGUUUCGCCACCUGUGGGCACACAUCGAAAACACCGCCUCUCCCGACGUCACCCACCUCGUCUCCUGUUCCUACGUCGAGCUGUACUUAGAGGACGUCAGAGAUCUACUCUCCAAGGACUGUAAAAAGCUCACGAUUAGGGGUCAGGAGCUGAACGGGUUCUACAUCCCUGAGAUGACAUCAGUGGUGUGCCGGUCUGCGGCGGACAUGGUGCGAGCGAUGCGUGCGGGCAACCGGCACCGAGCCGCCGGCCGCACCGACAUGAACGAGCACUCGUCUCGCAGCCACGCCGUCUUUCUCGUCACCGUGGAAACCGCUCAUCGUGCCACCAAGCGCAUCCGGGUGGGCAAGCUGAAUCUGGUGGACUUGGCAGGCAGCGAACGACAGCGUAAGACUGGUGCGUCGGCAGAUCGACUGCGUGAAGCCUCACGCAUCAACCAAGCUCUCUCCUCCCUCGGCAAUGUCAUCUCCGCACUCGCAGAAAACAGUCCGCAUGUUCCUUACAGAGAUUCGAAGCUGACGCGGAUCCUACAGGAUUCGUUGGGCGGCAACAGCAAGACUAUAAUGAUCGCCAACAUCGGACCCGCUGCCUACAAUUACGACGAAACUAUCACUACGUUGCGAUAUGCACACCGCGCCAAAGCUAUCAAAAAUAAACCAGUUCGAAACGAGGAUCCGAAAGAUGCGAAACUGCGUGAGUACCAGGCGGAGAUCGAGCGGUUAAGAGCGUUGAUAGAACAGCGUCGCGCUGCUGACAAACGGCCUAAGAAAGCACCGCGGCCCAAACAACAGCAACCACAGCAACCGGAUAACUCCGAAGAAGACACAGUUAGCAUUGAACAUGAACAUAUUCUAGCAGAAUCCACAAUAGAACAAGAGAAAUGUAAGACUGAAGAAUUAGAACAGCUAAUAAAGUCUUUGGAAGAUCGGCUCGUUCAAGGUGGUGGCGGCAAGGAUCUGCUCAAUAAUCUUAAUGAAACUCAAAUAAUCCUGGAACAGAGAAAUAUGGAAAUCGCCGAACGAAAAAAAAGAGAAGUUGAAAUGCAACAAAAAAUAGAUUUAGAGGAAGAAACCACUGCCAUAGUCACCAACACCUUCGCAACGCUGCAGCAAGAAGUUGACCAUAAAACGCAAAGGUUGAAGAAGUGCCUGUCGAAGUACGCGUGCCUGCGCGAGGAGAUGGUGGAGCAGCGUGAGGCGCACGACGCGGAGCGGCGCGAGCACGAGGCGCUGCAGGCGGCGCUGCUGGCCGCGCUGCGCCGCCGCCUGCUGGUGGCCGACGGCUUUGUGCCCGAGGCGGGCCGCGCUCACGUGCUGCGCCUGCGCUACAACGACGACGCGGACGCCUGGCAGCUGCCGCCGGCGCGCCACAGUGGUGUGGAGCCUCUCACGGAGCGUCCGCUAGCGAGCGGUGCGCGGAGGCCCAUGUGUACGCUGGCGCUGGGUGCCGCGCCCGCUCGGCGCCGCGCGGAGAACCUGCUGGACUUGCAGCCGCUGCCGCUGCCCGCCACCGCACGCCACUACACGCCGCCGCCGCCGCGACCGCCCCACCCGCCCCGCCCGCAGGUGCGCACAUCUGAAGCACUGACCAGCAACAAUGACAUCGAUAACACUAACACCGGCAACACUGACAUCGGCAACACUGACACCGGCAACACUUGUGCCAGUGGUAGAACCGGUCAAGAAAGAGGAAGUGCGGCGCACCGCUCGAGCCCGCCCCGCCACCGCGCACACGCGCCUCGGCACCGCCGGUGUGCGCUAGACUUGCGCGCGGUACAUCGCGGGCCCGCGCCGCAAGCGAGCACGUGGACUGCACGCGCACCCAGCAGUGAUAAGUUGGGUUCGCCAGUCAUCAGCUACCAAUCAAACGAGUUCCUGAAGCACACUAAAUCGUGA